AGGUAUGGUUUCAGAAUCGUCGAGCAAAAUGCAGAAAACACGAGAGCCAGAUUCAAAAAGGAAUGGGGCUGUUGCUGGGAAACGGAGCCAGUUUGUCACCCCGAGAGACGACAGGGACAUUCAGUUCGACAUCCAGCGACAACAAUCAGAUUUGCUUGUCUAUCGGUCGCAGUCUGGACUCGGUAUGCCCUCGAGUCAGCACGUUCCUGGGCCACUCAGUGUCGCCAAGAACCUCGACUGUCCUGUCGCGAUCACCGAGCGUCAGUGUCGGAUCCGUCGACACCACGGUUUCUUCGUCAGCGUCGACGGGAUUGCCGAUCCCGUCACCAUACGAUCCCCUCAACUUCUCCAUGUCCUCAUUUUCACCCGUUGAACCUGCGAUUCUCUCCGCUGCUCGUCAGUAUGCAGCAGCAGCGGCGGCGGCAGCCGCAUCCAUGUUACCAGGGACGAUGCCCAUGUCAGCCAGUGGCGCCGGUUGUACUCAACAGCAUCCCCUGCUGCUCUACUCCGCGGCGGCCGCAGCAGCCGCCGCGGGGCACUACUCGGUUUCCAAUUUCAGCAGCCAGUCCCUCAACUACGGCAUAUCCGGAAUCACGCCGACUACAGACAAGACCGCUUCGAAACAUUCAAGUAUCGCCGACCUCCGGAUGAAGGCCAAAAAGCACGCGGAGUCGCUCGGGAUCGACUCCAGCGUCGGGGAUGUCGACCUCAGCGGGAAAUCGCAUUGAUAUUUCCGGCAAUAUAUUUGCUUGAGACGCGUUUCUUUUUUUUCUCGGCAAACAAUGAGAAACGGCAAAUAACGGAUCGGGAAUGAAGCUCGCCUUAUUUUUUCCAUCCGUCUGGCCGCGGAAUACCACGCGUGCUGAGCGAAAGCGAAUGUUUUCAGACCGCUGAUCUGGAGCACUUUGUUUUGUUUACAAUCCCACUCCCUCAUUUGUUGAUUGAAAGGGAAAUUACUAAAAUUAUUGGUGAGCCACAACAGCAUUCCCACCUCGGCAGGGCUACGAGAUUAUUUGUGUGAUGAAGUACUUUCAUUUCGACUUUCCUUCAAAAUUCAGAGAUCUCCGGAUCGACUCAUGCAUGCAUGCAUCAGGGAAGGUUCAGAAAUUUUGUCAGUGAACAAAUCAAUUUAUUCGGGUUACCAGAAUGUACAGCCAGAAUCCGACUCAUGACUGUGAAAAUAUGAAAAAGGCUUAAAUGAAAUUUCAAGCCUUUCAUGAUUUGUAUCCCUGAUCUGAGCAAUUUAUUACUAUAUAUGGCAAAUAACCUUCAAAUUUGGCAUUAUACUUACACGUCAAUUGCAGAAGUCAAAACAAUGUUCCCAUUAAAUGUGUGAGGAUCCUAGGGAUUUAAAAACUUUAAAAAUUUCUUCGAGAUAAAUCGUCUAUUGCUCAAAAUAUUUGAUGACAGUUGGAGUUCUUGAAAUUAAAAGAAAAUAAGCAUACGUGCUGUGGCUGAAUCAGAGUUUUACGUCUCUACUUCAAUAACUCUGCGUUUUCUCUCCUUUUAGCCUUUAGGUGGAGAAAAGGAGCAUUGGACAGGAAAAGAGUCAACGUUACUCAUUAAACUGAUAUAAAGUGUAUUACCAUCCAUCAAAUAAGACUGAAUUAGCGAGAACUCGAGAUAAACCUGGCAAAACGUAAGAACCAACCCUUGCGCGUGAGCAUUUUCGUCGGAACUAUACUGAGAGGAUCUCUGAUUAUCAAAAAUUAAACCCGAAAUCAUGAAACAUAUUUUUAUAGUUUGAGAAGAAAUAACUCUAUGAUAAUCACAUUUGUUAACGUCAACAAAGUGCGACUUCAGCUAUCAUUGAAUACGGUAAAGUGAUUUGUAAUCCAUUGUGGCAAACUGAGCAAUUAUAACAUUCAUGAUCUGCAUCCUGUCGUGCGGCCUGGGAAGCAAUUAAAAAACAACGACCAGAAGUAAUCACGAAAGUAUUUCCCAGAACUGCUUUUUCGCUUCGGAGUACUGAAUGAAUUUUAAAAUUCCUUUUCUAGACCUGAAGCAGAUUUAUGUCGAGACAGAUGUUUUUUCUUGUUGGAAAGCUCAUUAACUUCAAUUUUUUUACUAAAUAUAAAGCAAUUAUUUUCAGCCGUAUAUUUUCUGGCUGAUUUUAAAUCCUGAUCCUCAAUCCACAUGAUCCUCUCUUUGAAAGAAGUAAAAUCGACAGGAUGUUUGUGACGAAAUCAGUCCUCUCGAGCUUGUUUUUGUUAACCAUACCCUGGGAGCUUUCGCUGAUUUUUUUUCUAUACCGGCAUCCGCUUGUAAUGUGACCUUCCGAGUUUCAUUCCCUUGAUUUGCGGAAGUGGUUGUUGAAUUUUUUGGAGUUCGUUUGUUUCGGAGCCAGCGUAAGUGUCCCCGUGAGUAGAUGAUGCGCGAAAGACGAAAAUACGCUUUAUGCAAGAAUAAACGAAAGUGUGGAGAAAA